GUGGAAGGCCUGUCACUUCCCUAAAGGUCCUUCUUUCUUCUUCCUUGUGGGCAUUGCAAGAAAGACAGAAUUAAAAGGAGGAAGAAAGUGGUGCUGAUGGAGAAAUGCCAUAAGGUUCCAUUGGUUCAUUAGUAUUUUUUUCCCUGGAUGUUUAAAUUAUUUUUCGUGUGAGAAAGAAAAGGAAAGAGAACGAAAGAGCAAGUGAUGGAGAGGUCUCAUGGUACCACGUGACGUGUCCUUCUUGUGAGAUCCAGUCGCCAGAACCCCCAGAGAAAAUGUCGGGAGUGCAGGCUGUCUGGCCAUCUGGUACGGAAUGCAUCGCCAAGUACAAUUUCCACGGAACGGCCGACCAGGACCUCUCCUUCAGCAAAGGGGAUGUCCUCACCAUCAUCUCGGUCACCAAGGAUCCCAACUGGUACAAAGCAAGGAACAAAGUGGGCCGGGAGGGCAUCAUCCCCGCCAACUACGUUCAGAAACGGGAAGGCGUCAAAGCCGGGAUCAAGCUGAGCCUUAUGCCUUGGUUCCAUGGGAAGAUCACCCGUGAGCAGGCCGAGCGGCUGCUGUACCCGCCGGAGACGGGCCUUUUCCUGGUGCGGGAAAGCACCAACUACCCCGGCGACUACACUCUCUGCGUCAGCUGCGAAGGGAAGGUGGAGCACUACCGCAUCAUCUACUCCUCCAGCAAGCUCAGCAUCGACGAAGAGGUCUACUUUGAGAACCUCAUGCAGCUGGUCGAGCAUUAUACUUCGGAUGCAGACGGACUCUGUACCCGACUCAUCAAGCCAAAGGUCAUGGAAGGCACGGUGGCGGCUCAGGACGAGUUCUCCCGCAGUGGAUGGUCCCUCAACAUGAAGGACUUGAAGCUGCUACAAACCAUUGGCAAAGGGGAGUUUGGAGAUGUGAUGCUGGGCGAUUACCACGGGAACAAGGUUGCUGUGAAGGGCAUUAAAAACGACGCCACCGCGCAAGCCUUCUUGGCCGAAGCAUCCGUCAUGACGCAGCUACGGCACAGCAACCUGGUCCAGAUGCUGGGGGUGAUUGUGGAGGAGAAGGGCGGCCUCUACAUUGUCACGGAGUACAUGGCCAAGGGAAGCUUAGUGGAUUACCUUCGAUCUCGAGGGAGGUCUGUGCUCGGAGGAGACUGCCUGCUGAAGUUCUCCCUAGAUGUUUGCGAAGCCAUGGAAUACCUGGAAGCCAACAACUUUGUCCAUCGGGACUUGGCAGCACGGAAUGUACUAGUCUCGGAAGACAACAUUGCCAAAGUCAGUGAUUUUGGGCUGACGAAAGAAGCUUCGUCCACCCAGGACACGGGAAAGCUGCCCGUGAAAUGGACAGCGCCGGAAGCACUUAGAGAAAAGAAAUUUUCAACCAAGUCAGAUGUGUGGAGCUUUGGGAUCCUUCUCUGGGAAAUCUACUCCUUUGGACGAGUGCCUUACCCGAGAAUUCCUCUAAAGGACGUCGUCCCUCGCGUCGAGAAGGGGUACAAGAUGGAGGCCCCCGACGGCUGCCCCCAAAUCGUCUACGAGGUCAUGAAAAAGUGCUGGAACUUGGACCCUGCCCACCGACCAUCUUUCCUCCAACUCCGGGAACAGCUAGAGCAUAUCAAAGCCAGCGAGCUUUACCUGUGAGGCGGGCGGGGAGGCCAGGCUUCCUUCUCUGGGUGCCGCCGCCGCUCCAUCCCUUCCUGCGACCUGGGCAAAGGACCGAGGGAAGCAAUACGGUUCUUACGGUGUUUUCUUUUCCUCUGGGAACCCAGGUUCCUCCACUCAAGGGACUGCGUUUCAAGACAUGUACUGGACUUUGGGCGUAACGAUCCCUCCCCGCGCACCCUGGUUGGUGAACGGGGAGCUGGCGCUGCCUCCUUCCUCGAGGAGGACUUUCCUUUUGUUUCGAUAUUACGUUUUCCCCGGCAAAGAAAAAGAGAGAAAGCAUUGGACCCACGACUCUUCCCUCCCCAUUCCUGUAGGAACCCCAAUUCUUCUUCUUGGCCGGAGAAGGGCGCGAUGAUACUCUUUUAGUAGCAUGUUCCUCCACUUUCCCGUCCGGUUUCCUCCGCAUCGACCAACCUCACGGUUUCCUCCCCUUCGCCUUCCUUCCACCUUUGUGCUUCUCCCAAAAAGCAAAGCAAAACCAGAAAUGCGUGCCUUCAAUUUUCCGGAAGGAAGACCACGAAGGGCACCCGAUGCCAAAAUUAAAAUGCAGGAAAAGGCCAGCAAGGAAGACAUUUUGGGGCGAGUGAAUUCCCGAUCCAUCUCAGAUGACCGGAAACCCCCGCAUCCGGUAUCCUUAUCCCCUUCUUUUUAUAAAAAAUAAUAAUAGAAAAACAAAUCAGAUUUUGUUCAAUUAUUUUUUUAUUUUGGGUUGGAUUUCUUUCUUUUUUUCAAAAAUUGUUAUUAUUAUUAUUAUUAUUAUUAUUUCAGGCUGCACCGGCUUAAACAGACAAAACAUCCGCCGUUUUUGCUGAGUUUUACAAAAAUUGCAAAAAAAAAAUCUUAUUUUUUAAUGUAAUGGUUUCAAGGAAAAAAACAUGUUUAAAACACGCCUAUACACACACGAACACACACACACACACACAGGCACUUGCUUGGAAAAAGAACCAAGGUAAACUCACCCUGCUCUUUGACCAAAACGUCGUCCGGGGGAGUUUUCGAAUUGCAAAGCCACGCCGUGGACAACUGUGGGAUUGUGUCUUUAUUUCGUCGCUUCAAACAGUGUUUGCAUGCUGUCUCCAGAGGCCUUUUUCCAGUCCUGUCUAGUGCUUUAUGCUCAUAUAAUGCUGCCAACUGUGAGAUUAAACUGUAAUAAUAAUAAUAAAAGAAAACCAUUCCAUACGAACACACGA